AUGUUCUCCAAGUCGAGCAACCUGCUCGGCACGUCUUCCAUCAUCCGCGACACGCACCUCAACGAGGAGGCCAAGCUCCGUCAGAGGCGACUUUCGCUCCUGAACCAACGUCGCGACUCCCUCGUCGGCUACAAGGCUAAUGUUCGCUGGUCUUUUUUUUUGAUUUUUUAAAUUUCUGGAAAUUAAAACACUUGAACAGCACUUUUCGCAUACUCCUCUCUCUUCAAAGAUACUAAAAAAGGCGGGAAAAGCGGCUCAGAGCCGUAGCUGCUCAACGAGCAGAAAUUGAGUUUGAAGAAUACUUUUUUAAGAGCACAGUAGAAAAAAGAUGAAGUUAUCUGCGCUAAAAUCUUUUUUUUUUUUGAAUUUAAUCACUGUGUUUCUUACAACAAUGGAAACAUAUGAAUAAACUUGCAACGUAUUACUUUUAAGUUUUCGAAACUUCUAUGCAUCCAAAAAGAUUUUUUUCUUACUUUUUCGCCUUUUUUUACACUCGGUAGUGCCGGAAAAACAAUGAAUUUUAGAGGUAUAGAGCUUUGAAUUUUUCUUUUCUUUUUUUUUUCGAUUUUUGUAGUUAUCAAAGCUCACUUCGAAACUUCAUAUUGAUCUUCAAAACCUGGACGUCAAGUUGAGGAUUCCAGAAAAACCCAACCAAUAUUUUUCUUCCAGCGUCAUUGGUACAUUGUUAAGUGCACAUGAGUGUGUGUUGAUCUUUGCAAAAACAGACGGCAACUGACGGGGAAAUAAUUCAAUGAAAUGGUGUCUACUUUUACAGUUACCGAGAACAGCGAAAAAUAUUAUCAUUUUUCGGCAAACGAGAUGGGAUUCAGGUCAGCAUACACCAGUACACGGAGGAUCCAACAGUUGCCUGGGAGAUGCUUCGGGAGAAACGGCCCGUUAAACCGGUUCGGCAGGUGAGGAUUUGAGAAAAUACCUUGAUUUCUAUAAAGUUGCGGCUCUAAAAAGUCAAAAAUCAGGUUCGCUUCUUAAAAUUCUUACUAGUGUGAAGUUAGUAGAGAAGCUCUGAAACUUUUUUUUUUCAAAUUGCGUAGUUUUGAAGUUUAGGCGACAAAUUUAUCAUUUCCUGCUUCAAAAUGGGAUCCUAAAAAAUAAACUCUUCGAGUUAAUAUGAAUUUGUUGAUUUUCAUCAGAAGAGUCAUAAGACAAAGUAUUGAUCCAUUAAGAUGCGCCUGGACACGCCGGUGAAGCCCGACCAUGUCCGGUUCGUCUGUAUCGGGUGCACCCAUGGCGAGCCCAUUGAGCCCUCGUCCCUGCCGCCAGGAGACGUGCUCCUGAUCGCUGGAGACUUCACCUCCUGCGGAAUGCCCCAGGAGGUGCAUGCCUUCAACAAGUUGCUCGGCAGCAUGAAGCACGCCUUCAAGGUCGUCAUCGGCGGCAACCACGAAUGCACCUUCGAUGAGCAGUUCUUGCGAUCGAGUUGGUUUCUGGAAAUUCUCCGUUUUUUGCGACUUGAAACUCUUGUUUUUCUCUGCGCCCUCCUCGUCUCUCGGUGACCCUCUCGUGUUGACGUGGUGUCUUUAUGUUUCUGACCCCGCCGGUGAGGGAACAGAGAGACGCAGACCCUCGAAAACUUCCAAGUCGCUUCGAACGGGCUAUAAAAAAUUCAGCGUUUGUGAAUGAUGCAUUCAAGUGGGAAAUGAAAUUAAAGUAAAACUUGGAGAAGUGAAAAAAAUCUGGAAAAACUUCAUAUUUCAUGUUUUUGGAUCCUUAUUGGGAAUGAUCUGAUAUCAUAAAGUUGGCCAGAAUGUUUUUCGUUUCUUAAAUCAUGAACCUGAACAUUUUCUUUAAGUCUGUUCAGUCUUUGAAGGAUAAAUCAUCGCUCAAGCUCCGCCCCCAAUAUUUCGAUAAGCCAAUUAGAGAACGAGCCAUCUACAGAGCGUCUUUGAAGGACGUCAUCGUAUUUACCAUUUAAAAUCUGAACAAGAUAAAGUUCUCUAAAGAAAUUGAGGUAAAGUCUCAAAAUAGCUCAUUUUCCAACUUUUGAUGGUCUUCUUUACUAAAAUUGGGAAGUUGUGAAAUUACUCACUCAGUAAAUCAAAGAGUAUUCGGCCAAGUUUCAAAAAUGUUCCAACCCCUAAAAGAAUGACUUUGUUUAUCAUCUCUUUCCCUACCCACGAAAACCUUCAGACAAGGCUUCCGAAGCCAAGGAGAUGGCUCUGAAACACGCGCUGCACUCGGCGAUGGCGUCGACCUCCAAGACGCCGCACGCCAAGCAGCUGCUCAGCAACGCCCUUUACCUCGAAGACAGCGUCAUCGAGCUGUUCGGCAUCACUAUCUAUGGAACCCCAUGGUAUCUUGAAGCCUUAGGAGACCGAACCGUUCUUACCAUUGGACCUGUAGGCAACCAAAAGUCGAUAAUUGGGCUUUUAAUCUUCCCCGAGGCCAGUCGCUGCUCGACAAGUGGAAUCUGAUUCCAUCCGGCGUCGACGUCCUUCUGACACACACGCCGCCGCUAGGUUGGUCUUCUGGAGACUUUUCAGGUUUGAGAAAGAGUUUCAGGACAUGGCGAUCAGAUGCUGAACGGUCAGAGGAUGGGGUGCGUCGAGCUGCUGAACACGGUCUUCAAACGCGUCAAGCCAAAGUACCACGUCUUCUCGCACAUUCAUGAAGGUCGCUAUUUUAUCCCUGGAGCGCAUGUGCUCAAAUUCUUCGUUUUUGUUUUUGCGAUCUUUUCGAAACAAAGUUCUUGUCAAAAAAAUUUAGUUUCACCUGAAGCUUCAUUUUUGAAAAGCUGAUAAUAUGAAUUUUCUUCAGGCUACGGCUGUACAACCGAUGGCUACACUAAAUUCAUUAAUUGCUGCGCCUGCGAUGAAAAUUUGGAGCUGAAGGUAUGAAUAACGAUUUUUUUAACGCAAUGCGAAAAAGUUCAGAAUGAUCCUAUAAUUUUCGACAUUCCCGUCCAUCCGCACACUAAACAGUUCUAUCUUCAGAACGUCAAGAAAAUAGUGAAACGGUUCCAAAAAUCUAAAAAAUAAUAUCAAGUACUAACCGAAGGCCGUAUGAAGGUCCGCGAAGUUGAAAAAGUAGGAUUCAAUUCUUCGAAAUCAGAAUAAUUUCGUUUUAUAACUCAUUCAUAAUGCGUAAACCUUCAAGCGGCUUCGAAAUAUUUUUUUUAGAAAAACAUUCCAUUUUUCUUGAUUAUAUAUAUCGCUCGCUUGUCACUUGUCCCACAGACUCGACCUUUCAAAAAUGUAUUUUUCCCAGGAAAAAAGGUGGACUUUAUCACCUGCCCUUAUAUUUUUUCGCGUUUUUCGGGUGUCUGUGAGAGCAAAAAAAUAAAGGAAAAAUAAUAUAAUAGCCCUCAUUAUCCGUUCGCAAACGACCUUUUUGUUUGGGUAUUUGAGUAAUCCAAGCUUCCGUUUCAUGUAAAUUGUUAACAAAGUUUCCCUGGAAAAUCUAUUUGCCUUGAAACCAUACCAUAUAACUUUGCAGUUUUUCCAAGCUUCUCAAAAAUAUAUAUUCCUGUAUUUUUUUUUUGGAAAUUAUUAUUUUUUUGUGUCUUCCCAUGUGUACCUGUUCCCCGUUCUGUUCAUAUCUCUCUCGAAAAUAAAAAUCCGUCUCAAAAAGUUCACGAAUCCUGACCAAAUAGAGUUUGGGGAAAGACGAUAUCGUGGCGGCAAUAAUAUGGAAAUGAAAUGGCGGAGAUUGGUCCCAAAUGGAGGCAAUGAGCAACUGAGAGAAACGUUUUUUUUCCAUUUUUGUUGGAUUUUUUUUCGAAAUCAGAAAAGUUCUCCUUGUUUAGUUUGAACUUUUGAACCAACCCAUAAACUUCUGAUAAACGAAAAAUAAGCAUCACGGGUAUAGUUCAACUAACAAUCGCGCGACGAAUUUCUAACCAAACACACCGAUUGAUACGAUCCUCGGGGACGCUUAUCGGCUGCCCAUUUCGUCAGUCUUACGUUUUUUUUUCACACUUUCUCUUCCAGAGGUCGAGCUUCCAAAUCACUCGAAAGAAAAAAAAAAUUCAGAUCUAUGCUUUUCAAGCUUGACUGGUUGCGGUAAUUACCCUGCAGGUGUUCCGAAUAGCUGGAAUUCGAAAAUGGGACGGCGUGGGCUACUUUUGACGUUGCAAGGAUCCUUUGACGUUGAAAGAAGCUCGAGAUUGUAACAUUUUUUUGAAGCUUUGUGAUUACUGUACGGGAAAGGACGCGGACACUAUCACGUUGUGGACAUUUUAUCUUACGCGCUCUUUCAAAUUUUAGUUUUUUUUUCUUUCUGUUUCCUAUCUUUUUUUUAGAUUUCACAUUUUUCUUGGGGUCAACUCUGUUUUUGAGCUUUUAUAAACUGUUACAAAGAUGAUUCGCUAUUAGGUUUCAGUAAACUUAAUGAGAAAUUUUUAAAUUUUGAGCUUCGAAUUUAUGUUUGUCUUUCCGCUAUAGUUUUUCCCGUCAAUUUUUUUUAAACUACAACUCUUUUUUUAGGAUUCUAUUGAAGAUGGAAGAACUUUGUUGGUCCACUUUUUUCAUGGGAGGCAGGCGAUAAGUACUUGAAUAUCGAGAGAAGGUUUUCAUUUAUUAUUUUUUUGGAAAUUUCGCGUUUUUCCAAUGUAAAUCUCUUCAAGGAAAAAUAGCUGUGACUAAAAAUCCUCGUUUUCCCAAUUUUUGAGUUUCUAGCGGUUUUUUCAAUCCGAAAAUCAUUCCAGUCGAUCAUGAAACUUUACCUGAAAAACUUUUAUCGAUAGCCGUCUAUUUAAUAUCUAGGUAUGAUUUUCCUAAUUUGAAAUUUGAUUUACAAGUUUCAGAAUAGCUUGCUGUGGUGUUUAGAGGCCCAAAAAUCAGCCAAAGCCUGAAUCAACAUAGAGAACGGCUUUUCGCUCCGAGGCCUUAUUGUGGAACGCCCCAGCGAGCUGUUUUGUUUCAAGUGUGAACUUUUUUUUUUAAAAUUGAUCAUGAGGUAGUUCUUUCAAAAAGCAACUUAUGAGAUAAUCAUAGGCCCAGUUCAGAUUUUUUUGUGUUUUUCAACCAAAAUCACCGGAAAAUUCAUAGCCUUGGGGUCGGAGCUUUGAAAAAUCGCUCCCGUGCUCUUUCCAUUUGCUGCUUCUUUUUUUGUCGCGAAACUUCAUUUAAAACAAAUCGCUUAAAAGUCUGCCUCGGAAACCAGACGGGGAAUCACGAUGUUUGGAGGCCCCAUUGACUCUGAAUUCGAAUUGGUAUUUCGAAUCCGAUUUCCGUGUUGCGUCGUCGUCGUUCGCCCCGUCCUGAAAGCAUUUGUUUGCAUUUGGCAAAUUGCUGUCCCCAUAUCCGACCGCUUCAGUUCUUUUUUUCUCCUUCUGCUUCUUCAUCCCAGCCUUACCUACCGUCCAUUGGCCGGUUAGUUCCGGUGGCUGAGUCGGCCGGCCAGGAAAUUAAUUAGAAAAAAAAACGAAGUCGCCUUUCGCUAUUAACCGCUUCCUGCAACUCUUGCCGCGUCUCGCUGCAUAAAUUUCUCUUUUUUCUUCGAACUUUUGCCUUUUUAUGUGCCAGACGGAGAGAUUGCAACGUUUUAAUUAUUGCUCAAUUCGAUGACUUUUUCAUCCAGGUCUGCGAGUUGGACUGUAGCGAAAACUUGGAAGUUUUUUUUUAAGGAUCGAAAUUUGAAGUUUUCCUUCAACGCUUAUAAAUGGAUGAUUUUCACGUGGUUUUGCUUUCGAAUAGGGACUUGCAAGUUUUUUUCGAUUAGAAAAAAAAAUUGAAGAUUUUAUUGCUUUAAUCAAUUAAUCAAAAGGACUUUUUUGAGUAUCUUCGUCUCAGACCCCUUUGAGGCCCAAAAAUUGAGCAUUUCAGUUUCGUGAGAUGUUUUGUUAAAAGUUUCAGAAAAAACGCUUUUUUAAACUUUCACCUUUCGAUCAACAAAGCCACGACAAAAUUAUUCCAUGUAACUUUUCAAAAGUCGAUGUUAUGCAUAUCAAAGGAACUUUCUACUUAACAGGAAUUUUCCAACUUUGUAGGUGUUUUCGAAGAAGCUCCUUUUACUUCAAACUUUAAAAAUCACAGAUUUUAUGCGGUAUCGAAGAUUUGAAAGUACAAAGUAAAAAACUAUGUCUUCGACCGACCUGUGACCAUUUUCUUUUCUAAUUUCUUCUUCAGAGAUUCCUGAGUUUUGAUUAAUGUGAUCCUAGUCAGGUGAAAUUUAUGAGAAAAAAUUCUACCGUAUUCUCCAAAGUUUUCUCCAGACUUCUGAAGCCUCUGGCACUCAAUUUUCGGACUUAAACUCUCGAAAAGACGGAAAAACAUUCGAUUUCCAAGAUUUUAAUCGAGAAAUUAUGAGAAAAGGCCGAUGGUUUCAAUUGACUCGGGGACGGCUUCGAAUUUCGGUUGGUGGCUUGUUGGAGGUCGCCUCGGAUAUUGCAAAAUUUGCUGCUUGUUUGCCCUUCUCCGUUUACUCCCACCAUCACCAACACUCGACUUCAUCUUGUCUCCCCCACCCCGACGUCUUCUGAGAUCAUUUCUAUUUUCGCCCUCCUUCUUUAAUCCUUAAUUUUCUAAUUCGAGAAGGAAAAAAAAAUCGGAAAUGACGUCAACCCACGCUUUGCAGAAGUUACACGCGGCCAAAUAACUUUUUCUUCUCGUUUCAAACGGAUAAAAACAUUGUAAAGACGUCAUUUUUGCGGUUCUUGGUUCAAAUUUGGACUAACGUCACAAAGUUCCCAGUAUUCCUUCAAAACAAUCUAGGAUUUUCUGUCCUCAACAGGAAAUUGGUGUCAUUUUUUGAGUUAUAAAAAACUAUUAAUUUUUGGUUUUUUGAAAAGUUUUCAGAUAUAAAAACAGCGCUGAUGAAUCAAAAGCAGUUUUGAAAGCUGUUGUCUCAAUAUCAAAAGCUCAAUCGUUUCAGGACCUUUUUUGGAAAACAUUUCAGGGGUUUUUUUUGAUGCAAUGGCUCUGUACAAAUGUCUAUAUUAACAAAAAAAAUUAAAUAUAAAAAAAAAUAACUUUUUUUCCAGCUUCAUCAUCUUCACAGGAAAUCUUUUGAGGAGAAUAUUCAUUUCUGCAACUUUUUCUCAUUUUCUGUGUUUUUUUGAGCCGGAAGUUCAAAAGACCGUCGGAAACUCUCCAUUAGUUAAUUAUCAAAAUAGCCACGCCUUUGUUUCGAGAAUCCGACGCGUAAGCGGUCGCGUCGCGGCUCACCGGCGCCAAUUUAGACACCUCGAUUAUGUUAUCAGAGUUUUCCCAGGCGCUGCCGUGUCGCCUCUCUUUUGUUGACCUUUUUGAGCGGCUUAAAACUAAGAUGUUGCUUAAGUGAUUAAUUUGAUCAUUGAGCGAUUUUUUUUUUCUCUUCUGGCUUCCGUUUUUAGUUCUCUUACUGAGGAAUUUGCUUUCGAGGUUAAUUUUUUUCAAAUUGUCUGUGAAUCAAAAAGAAGUGCUAGAUGUUUCACAAGGUUUUUCAAGUUUUUUUUCGGUUUCAGUGUUUUUUUUUUCGACCUUUUAUCUGGCUUUGUCAGCCAAAUUCGGUUUGAAAGUAUUAAUCAACGUUCAGAUUUUUACUUAGUUCAAAAUUCAUGAGCGGCUAUUUUUUCCGUUAAAUCGAUCGAAAAGGUACUAAUGUCCCUAAUGAAACGAUUUUACUGUAUGAAAGUUAUGUUCCUUGUGAAAGGAAAUUUUCCCAGGAUCCUUCCUGCGCCUCAAAAAGGUUUAUAAGCCUUUCGAUAAGUUAAAUUCAACAAACUGAACUAUACCGAUCGAUUCAACCAAAAAAAAACGAAUCUUUCCAAAAAAGUGUGUUAACAUUAUUUGCCCAACGGGUCAUGCGCCGUUCUUGUUAUCAGUCCUGAGCGAGGCUUGUGUUGCCACCUCCAAGAGGCUACCGACCGACACAAAAUGUCUCGAAUUUCAAGUUGAACUGCUCGGAGACGACACCGGCGAUGAACAACUCGACGACCGCCUGGGACGAUGACGACGAGUGCGGCACGUCGCUUAUCGACGAGAAUUUCGUCAGAAUCCCCGUCAUGUGCGUCUACGUCGUCGUGUUCGUCGUCUGCCUUCUUGGUGGGUUUUGGGGAGGUUUCAGGAGGAAAAUAAUACCUUAAGAUUUUCUUUGUAUGUGUCCGUUUUACCAUAGAUAAUACAUUGAUUUAGUCUGUUGAAUAUCAUAAAAAAGGAAUUUUUAUCUAUUAGAACAUUUUAUUUUUAAGUGUAACUUCUGAUGAAGCUUCAGUUCACUAUGUAGAAGUUCAUGAGUGAGUUCAAAUUUUGAUCAUAAAGGAGAUUAGGCGAGUAUUUCGGAAAGGACUACUUGAGGAACUUUUCCUUGAAAGACUUCUUAAGUGAUUUUACUGGAUGUUUUCUCUCAAAGUUGCUGCAAAUUGGAGAAAACUAACACUUAUUGGUACUUCCAACUCAUUUUAAUGCUGUGCUCAAAAUCAUUUCCGCGAAAUACAAAAUUAUCUCUGACUCUCCAAAAAUUAGUUAUCUUUUCCCCUCUCUAACGACUAUUUAUAAUCUUGUGGAAAUAUUUAGAUUACGGCGUAAUUUUUCGUUUUGUUCCGUGAUUGAAAUGUCAAAGUCGAUGGCAAAUCAAGGAAGUUUCACGAUUUUUAUUUCCGAAAAGCGAGUAGACUUUCGAUUGGUUCGGUUUCAAGCAAAUUUCUUGAUUAUUUUUUCCUGCGGGUGCUCAAAUUAUCACAGAUCAGACGAUUGCUUUUUACGACGUGAAUUGGCACGUGCCGCCUUUUUCGAUUCUCACACAAUCAGCACAAUUUUUAUGAGUUCUCAGACCAGAUUUCGCUUUCGACAAGGAAUAAAAGUCUGGAAAAAAGUUCUGAUGGAACUGAGGGAUAGGUCGGAGUAAUUGAAAUGGAAUGGUUCAAUUUUAACCAAUCUAUGUUUUUUAUGGAAUAUUUUCAGGAAAUCUAUUCACGAUACUGGUGAUAACGACGCAUCCGAUGAUGCGAACGGCGACGAACUUCUUCCUGGCCAAUUUGGCCGCCGCAGACCUUCUCGUCGCCAUUUUCUGUAUUCUUCAGAAUAUGAUUCAUAUUGUGGGCUUCGACCACGGCAAUUGGCCAUUGGGUUCGUUGGUGGAACUUUUUUCUGUGGAAAAAGUUGAAGAUAUGCUUCCAAUUAUAACUAGAAUCUAUUCCGGUGGGAAAAAAAGAGUCUCUUUUAGUGACCCCUAUGUUUCGAUAUUAGCUUGGAGACAAGAUUCAGAAUAGGAUAUAGACAAACUUUUUGAAACAAGCUUUUUAAAAAAAAUUUCCGAGCUCUUUGAGCACAUCAAAGUGGUAACUUCCAGGCGAGCUCCUGUGCAAAAUGUAUUUAAUGGUCCUGCAUCUGGUACCGUGUACCAGCGUUGGGAUUCUUGUCUGUGUUUCUUUAGAAAAGUAUAUAGGUUGGUUCAAAACAUUCUCCUUUAAAAUGUUCAGUUAUUCAUUUUGUAAUUUCCAGCUGUUCUUCAUCCCUUGACGGCGAUGAAAGUGCUGACGAAUCGGCUAAGGAUGAUAGUCACUAUUGCAAUUUGGAUGAUCUCCCUGUCAUUGAACUUGCCGUUUUUCUUCCGAGCCAAACUCUACACUUUCCAUGAGCAUGCCGCUUGCACCAGAACUCCGUAAGAGUUUCUUUACUUGAUUUUAGAAGUUUCAUUUAGAAGAUUGGGCAGGUAUAAAAUUUUGAGAAAUUGCUGAAACUUGACUAAGAAGUACUUUAAUUAACCUAAAAUAUAACCAAAUUUUCACGCUUUUGAGUCAAAUUAUGCAGCUUAAAAGACUCAAUGAAUCCUCAUUUUUUUCCAAUCUAAAGCUUUACGACACUAUAACUCGAUUAAAACUCGAAUUAUCUAAACAUUUACCAUGUUUUUCGGAACUACGACUCUCAAAAUUGAUAUCCAGUUUCAACUGUCCUUCAAAAAAGAUCGGAUUUUACAGCACCUUGCUUCCAAAAUAAUUUUACUGGGCCCUUUAACAAAAAAAAAGUUUUUCAGAAUGCCAUUCUGGAUCACGAUGUCGUUCUUCAUCUGGUAUAUAAUUCCGUUGAUCGUCUUGGGCUUCAUCUACUCCCGAAUCGGCGUCCUUCUGUGGACCUCGGGCAGUCGAAGUGUGAGCACGAGGCAAAGCAGUGGUGAGCCGCAACUGCUCGAAUAUUAUAUUCCAUCUGUGGAGUCUACAGACUCGCAAGGAAGCGCCGGCGUCAGCUGGCAGAUGGCCAAUGGGCGAAUCGUCGUCUACAAGCAGGAGAGUCUCCUGCAGGUGCCCGACGAACGCAAGAAGGAGCCAAGAAGGCCCAAGGAGACCGAAGGGCGGAGGAAGGUUUGCUAAGAGUUGGUUUUGAGGAACGGUUCAUUCGAGGCAGUUACUUGAAAAUCUUGAGGAGAUUGUUCAAAAAUUCGUCUCGCUUUUUGAGAAGUCCUGGUAAGAGAUCAUUUCACUAAAUUUCGUCUUCUCCAGCUUUUUUUUUUGCAUUUCUGAAGAACCAAUAAGGAAGCCGUGCUUUCUCUCUGUUAUAUCUUUGAAAUGAUAGCUUGAAAGUUUCUUUAAAAACAUUUAUUCAUUUUUUGGUUUAGGUGGUCCGACUACUUUUUGCGGUCGUAUUGUCCUUUGCUCUACUUACCUUGCCUCAUCACGCUAGGCUGAUCCAUUCGGUUGGUUUUUUUUGUUUUGCUGAAAAUGGGUGAUUCAAAAAAUAUCACUCUUGUUCACUAUUGGGAUUAUCAACAAUAUCGCGGUAGGACCUUGUCUCAUCGGUUUGGCCUUUAAGCGGUACAAAACCGUAAGAAGAAGAAGAAGAAGAAUGUAAUCAAAAACCAAGGAGAAAUAUGGAAAGUGAGAGGAAAAUCUCAGAGCUGGUCCGUCUCGGCACACUGUUCAUCUGACUGGACGAGCCUCCUCCAGCCGUUCAGCUACAUCUGCCUCUUCGUCUCCUCGGCCAUCAACCCGAUUCUCUACGCAUUCCUCUCGAGGAGAUUCCGCAACGCGGUCGCCGACAUCCUACAAUGCCGGUCCCUCGCCAAAUAAUUAGCUCGAAAAUACAACGACAUUUUUUUUCCAGAAAAGGCGUGUUCUCGAAGAUUUCGAGGUCGCGCAACCGGACGCUCGUGUCCGACGUGCCGCCGGAAGAGUCGAGGUGCAACAGUCCCCAUCCGAUGAUCCGGAUGAAUCGCCUUCGGUGA